GAAGUUGUUCGCGCAGUUAUAAUUAGCUCGGCCGGGGUCUCGGCGAGCCGGGCGGCGGGAGGGGGUGGAGUGCGAACUUUUCGCGGCUCGGAAGCCCGGGGUUGUCUCCGGUUACCGCUGCCCGCGGCGGGGGGGGCGCGGGCGGCCGCUGCAGGAAGUACCAGCCCGGCGCCUGCCACAAAGGCCAAAUGGUGGCAGCUCCCGGGGCUGCGGCGGGGCCGGUGCGCUCGCAGGGGCGGCUGCGGGCAGGGAAGUGGCUCUCUCUCCGUCGCCAGCCUUUUCAUUCCGGCCCUCCUGAUCGCUGCCUCCUGGUAGUUGCGACUUGUGUGUUUGUUGCAGUUACGUUUUUAAUACCAGGUUUUGUUUCACUCGAGAAACGUGUGUGUGAGUCCGAAUUACAAGUCGGUGGGUGAGAGUGGAGGAGCGUAAGCUUGGUCUCUUUUAUGCAUGUCGGAAAUUCAUCUCGCUAAUAGACGCGUUUAAUAAUCCUCCCCUAGAUAGGCCUGGAAUUUUCCAAACUGUGUUGGAACGGUUAAUUUCCAAAAACAUAGGUAGGAGCCCCUGUGCAGGAGUUUUGUGCUUUGUUUCUGAUUCAUCUGAGGUUUUUUGAUUAACGCAGUUAACUGUGAUAUGGAAAAUACCGUUGAUGUUUAAAUGAAUGCUAUAAUCUCAAAUUUCUAAAGUGACCCGUGAACAGGUACUAGGAGACUGCAAGGGAAAACAGUGAAAGCAAAAAUAAUCUACUGGACGUGUAAUUCAUGGUGAUUUACAGCUACUGUGUGUCUUCUAUGGUUUCGGGGUUUUUAACACAUUGUAAAAACCUAAGCCUAGUAACCUUUACCUCUGCUUCUUCUUGACGCUUGUCCCAGCGUGUGAAAUCAUUUAGGGCAAAAAUCGUAACUUCAGCAGUUAAUUUUGCUGGAGUCCUUUAAAUUGUAUAAUAAAGGAAUUAAAUCUGGUAACUUCCUGGACUUAAGCACCUUCUAGGAAAAGGUUGGACUUCUAAAAUACAAUUAACAGUAUUAAUUUUUUAGCAGAGGUUUUUAGCUACUUUUUUUUUUAAACAAAGGUGCUGAAGUCUGAAACUUUUCAACUUUUAGCAUGCUUGUUAGAUUUUAGGAUACUUUAAUGCUAAAAAGACUUCACAUUGUAAAACAUCUGUUUGUUUCUUUUAAUUGUAUAGAAAAUGCAAUGAAUGUGCACCUCUGCAGUGACCUAACAGGUACACUUUAUUAAACCUCAGUAGUGACCUUCUGAAGUGCCACUGUUUCAAAGCAAAUAGGUUAUGAAUUUUCAUUUGUCUGUUUGUUCUGGUGUUUUUAUUUACAAAUAGCCUGGAUCUCUUUAGGAUGGGAAAGAAGUCAGCUUCUAGAAUGAGGAGGGAGAUAAUAAUGUGUUCGUUGCUGUGGGUUAGAUUUGGUGUUCUUAGGUCACAGAUGCUGCUGUUUUACUGCAUCUUUACAGUUCCAAGGUUCUGUAAACAGAGUAGCCCUUUGCUAGCAUCAGGCUAUUAGUUGCUAUGUAAGAUGAACUUUAUUCCUGUACUUGUCUGUCUGUCUAAAUGUAAGACUGCCUUGCACCAUGUAUUAAGAUUUGUAAAGUGCCAUAUGAACCCUUGAUCGUGAAGGACUGUGUAGUAUCUGGAUAAGUACUGAUUCAUGUUCUCAUGGUAAAUUUGUGAAGCAGUUGGUUUGCUGUAGUUGGGGGACAGGUGUCUGUGUGUGCACACAUGUACUGUGCACAAACAAACAUGUUAAAUAUAAUCUGUAUGGGAGACUGUUGGCAUGUAUAAGGGCUUUUAAUUCUUGGAAUUAAGAAACUGAUUCUUCAGGUGGUGUUGAGACCUUAAGAGCAUGGAUCGAGCAGUUCCCUCCUUAUCAUCUAGCUUAGUCCAUAGUUUAUUGUCACUUCAGCCUUUUCACAUUUCCCACAAGUUUCCAGUGCCUUGAUCUAAUCCAUGAUUUAAUCCAUGUGUUCUCUAGCCAAACUGCAGGUGUUGCUUUAUCACAGUUUUGAUGAAAAUGAUGCUACGUUACAUGCAAUCACAGGACAUCCUGCCAUCUGUCUUCUCAUACUGGUUUUGUGUAUGCUGAAAAUGAGGAAAGUUGGGGAAUUUAAUAAAAAUCCUAACUCCUUUUGCAGCCUGUAAAUGUUGGGAUAAUUCUGAAAUUUACUUCUGUACAGUUCAUGGUUUUGUCUUUUCUGAAACUAUUAAGACUGUAAACUGGUGUUCAGUAACCUGGAGAAGUAUCAAUGCAAGUUCUCCUCCUAAAGCCUAACACUUAAAGGAUCAGUGUUCUAUUCUGUAGCGUUCAUUUGUAGAAGAUGAUUUCCAUGUUUUAUGUGUUCAUAGCUGAAGUUCUCAGGUCCUCCUCUUAUUUCAGUGUAUUCAUGAACUUCAGUUUUUCUUACUCAGUUUUCCUGUUUCAAUAGGGUUUAGCGCAAUCAGUUUAAAAAAUUGUAUUGAAUUGUGUGCUUAAUACUUAAAAAAAUGACAUGGUAAUGAAAUACUCUGGUUUUGUUUUUGUUUUGUUUUUCCCCUCAAGUGUCACAUCGUCCUACCUCGGUGGAUGGCUUGGCCUCUUGCAUAGUUCAAGACUCUUGGAUGACCACACUUUAUGCAAAAUCUGGAAUCUUCCUGCCUGAACUCCUUUCUGUUUUCUAAGGGUUCAUGUUGGGGAGAGGUCUAAAACGCAAGCUGAGUGACUAUGAGGAGAACAUGGCUGGUCUCUCGAGUGCCUUUGAUUCCAGUCGAAAUCUGCCAUACCCACUUAAGAGGCAGCUGGUGCUUAAUAUGUGCCUCACCAAGUUACAGACAUACAAAAUGCUGGUGGAACCGAACUUGCACCGUUCUGUCCUCAUAGCCAACACAGUACGGCAAAUUCAAGAGGAAAUGAGACAAGAGAGUAACCAGCAGCCAAUUAAUGUCUGCCCUGGCAUUGCUUCUAGUUCUCACAGCUACACAGGGGUGGAGUCAUCUGGGAUUUCUCUUCAGUUGCCUUCAGGUGUUAGUCAGCAGGAGUCUAACUGUUGCGACUUGCGGUCUGUAGAAGACCCAAUUGAAAAUAGCCUGCUGAUAGUUUCAGAUGAUGAUAUGUCAUCUGCUAUUUCAUCCAUUCUGAAGGAUUUAGACUUUGUAGAAGAUAUAAGCCCGCCUACUUGUCUGGUUCCUACUGGAGACGACCAGCCAAAGUUUUCAGAAAAUACUGGUCUAAAACUAGAAGAUGAUAGACAGGAUUUGAAGGGAGCUGAAUGUGUGUUUGGUUCCUUUGAGAUUUCAAAUUCAACUAGUUACUUGAAGGAUUUGGCAAUAGAUGACAUUUUUGAAGAUAUUGACACUUCAAUGUAUGAUUCAGACUUUUGUUGCCCGCCACUAAUGCCGCCCAGACCACCAUCUCUUGCUACAGAAGAACCAUUGAAAACCUUUCCAUCUUGUAAUUCAUCUUCAGCAAGCAACAUUCAGAUAUGUAGAACAGAUCUGAGUGAGUUGGACCACAUCAUGGAAAUUCUUGUUGGAUCCUGAUACUUGUUUUACCCAAAGAUACUUUCUAACUGCCACUUCCAUUUGGUUUCAGGAUACAAGCCACUGGAAAAGCUGUAAAGAAUUCCUUAAAACACAAACUAAAAGUAAUUUGUCCAUAGUGGGAUUUUCUAAAUAAUUCCAAAACUUAAAAACCAAAAUAGUGGCAGAUUAUUUUUUUUUAAAGAAAUAUUUAUUUAUCAGAACUGUGCAAUCAUCAUUUUCCUUCCAGGGUGUAUGUGGAACAACAAGCACAUACCCUUAUCACCCCUCACGCCUCUUUCAAUAAACUUUUUUUAUGUGCAAUUUUUAAUUUGUCAGAAGAACUUACAUGCAAAACAAAUUUCAUAUGAGAUGGUCUUUUACAAAGCCUCCACUUUAUUUUUAAUAUCAGAGUUAAGCCAAGUUGGCGUAUGUCAAGUUGCAUAGUUGGAUUGCGUGGAUUGCAGACACAUUACUAGAGAUGGGUAUAUUUUAAAAAUGAGACACUUUGCUUUCUUUUGGUCAGAAAAGCAGAUCAAGACACUUAAUCAAUGAAGUCUCUUGCAUUUUCUAAAGCAUUCAGAACUAUUUAUUUUUGUAAAUUUUAUAGUCUUUCUACAUUUUACUACGUUAUUUCAUCAUAGUCCAAAUAUAAUGGACUUCUAGUUGGAUGUGUUUAGCACUACCUCUGAGCUGAAAUGCUUUAACUCUUUUUCCAGUGCUUCGUCUAAGACUGCAGGUCUUUUUGUUUCUGGUUUGUUUUUUUUUUUCUGGGGGAAAAUACUUCUAACUCAUUAAGCUGAUCCUUUGACAGUGACCUAGCUGAUUUGUGAAAUCAAGGGUAUUCAAUGUUUAAAAAGUUUUAAGUAUUUACAAAUGUAAUUUAUAUGUAGAUUGUGCAAUUUAACAUUUUUCUGUCAGUAUUAUGUGCUUAGAUUUUGAAUAAUCUUGGCGUUCUUUAAAUUAAAAAUUACUGUGUACAGGUAGCUUUUUAAUCUGUUUUGGAAAACACUGUCCUUCAACCCUGCUUUCACUACAAAGUUUUAAGAUUAUUUUUAUGUGCAAUAUUAUUUAAAAAGAUACACAUUUGUAUACCUGGCAUUGUGGAAAGAAACGCUUCAAACUUAAAACUUCUAGCACCUUUGGAGGAGGAUACUCCCAGGAGUCAACAUUUCUGUAUCCUUUUAAGAAACGAAGCUGAGAACACUUCUUGUGACACCAGCGCUGACUGCUCUGAAGGCUCCUGGGAUCCUCAGGGGUGUGCGGUGAGUCGGUGCGGAUGACUCAGAACCGUGGCGCAGCUGUGGCUGUGGGAGCUCAGGGCUUCUGGCUGCUGGGACGCAGCGGGGCUGGGGCCCGUGUGGGCUUUUGGAAGCGUCGCGGUGGCUGCUGCUGCUGCUGCAGAUCGUGCUGGGGAAGCAGGGGGUGCGCGCGUAUGGCAGGUGUGUAUGUAAGUAUAUAUAAGCGCACUCAUUAACUGAAGAUGAGAUUUGCAGUGAGAACUAUUUUUCCAGAAGACGGUUUGGAUACUGUGUUUCAGCUUGAACUGAGGUUUAUAUUGAUCCUUGCUCUUGUCUUCUGAAUUACACACUUGCACAUUAAAUGUUUGGGGUUUUUUUUGUUUUUUAAUUAUAAGACUUUUACUUUGCUCUUGAAAGCUGCAGCACCUGUCUUGUAAGAAAACUGGCAGUUGUAAAAGCUUUGCUUUGGUUUGUUGUUUGAGGGUGGGGGGGACUUUUUUUUUUCUUCUUUUUUUUUUUUUUUUUGUUGUUGUUGUUCUGCUGAGACUUCAUGAGCAGGGCAUCGGCAGAGGAAAAAAAUGUUGCCAGUGUGUUGCAUCUCACUGAAGUUGAAAUCCUCGCCCUAUUGAAGGGGCCAGGGUUCACCUAGUAUUUCUAGUCUUAACUGAUGCUGUGGCACACCUGCCUUGUGCAAAGAUCUCCAUUUUUUUUACUGUGACUGUUUUGGUUAACAGUUAGCUGCCGAUACGAUUUGGUAUCCCAAACCAAUGGAGAACCAGUUCAGGUCACAUCCUUGCAGCCAUCUGGGUUGUUUAGCAACCGAAGGGUAUAAAUGUAUUUAUAUGCAUAUAAUGUAUUGAUUCUAAUAUAAAACUUCUGAUCUAAAGUAUUUUGAAUUGCUGGAUAAAGGGAUUUGUUUGAAGAGUGUAUAAAUAGUUCUUGAAGAGGUACAGCUUCAGAAUGUACACAGAUUGUGCAUUGUGUAUAGACUACUCUGGCUUUUCCUCAGCCUCUACUUUUGUAUUAAAGAUAUGACUGAAUAAAUCCUUGAAAUAUUAAGGGCCUUCUGCACUGUGACGAAACAGAGUUGUGGUUAAAAAUGUCUUUAAAUUCAGUGAGAGGGAUAAAAUAAGACUGCAUCUGAUGUCUUUUUGCAUUUGAAAAUGUGGAAUGUUACUAUGCAGUAAAGAUAUUUUAGUAUGAAAAUUGUAUCAUGUAGCAAAUAGUGACCACUUAACAAAUCCACUUAGUCACCUUGCAGCCCCUACAGGAACAUAAGAGAAGACAACUUGCUUUUCAGCAUUUACAUGCUAAAGUUUUUUUGUAUACUACAGAAAAAGAUUAAAUCAUUAGUACAUGUUUUAUCAACAACUGAAAAUGCAGGUUUUGUUCAAGUGCUUGCCACAAAGCUCUGUUUCUAAUUGGUUGCUUGCAUCACAGUGCCAAGACCAUAAGCUGGUAUGUAAUGCAGUUUGGUUAUGUAUGGAAUUAUGUGCAAAGGGAAGUUUAAUUUUUAAAUAUGCACAAACUAAUUUUAAAAUCCUUCCAUGUAAAAUGAAGUUAGAGGCUAGUUGUGGUGGACCUAUUUAUUGUAUGUUUGGAAAUAAAAGCCACAGUUUUGCAGUUUAACCAUU